AUGCCACCACCAUAUUUUCACCACCACCACCUCUUCUCCUUCUUCGUUCAUGAAGAUGUGGUUGUUAAAUCCACAAAAUUUGAGGAUAUAAAAGAAACAACAAUUGGACAACAUGCUACCACAGUGGCCUACAUUGAGGAGGAGCAGGAGCAGACUGAAAUUACUAAAGAGAUCUUCCUUGAAGAUCUUGAAACUGUUUCUGAAGUACAAAUCCCAGGAGUGGUCCCACAUUCAGAAGAUUCAAACAUGAAAGAAGAGUGUCUUACAACAGCAACAUUUUCAAGUGAAGAGAUUGAACAUGUACCUUUAGAGACACAAAAGGAAAAGGGAACAUAUGACCUCGAAGAACAGAUUGUUGAGGAAUAUAGUAAUUCCACAGAGCUACACGAGAAAUCAAAAGAAGAUCAAAAGGAACCUGUGAUAAUGACCAAUUUUGAGCCACUUCACAAGCUACAGGCCGCUCAGGAUGGUUAUAUCCUCAAAUGUCUCCUAUCACCCGAGUUUUGUGAACCUCAGCGGUAUUUGGCAAUUGCAUCCUCUGAUAGUACAGUCAAGAUAUGGAAUGUAGAUUGUUUUACUUUGGAGAAAACACUAGUUGGGCACCAACGAUGGGUAUGGGAUUGGGUGUUUUCUGUAGAUGGUGCUUAUCUCAUUACAGAACUAGGUGGUGCCACUGCAGAAAUAAUGUCUGACAUUUUAGCCUUUGAGGCUAAUAAAAGAGUUGUUAAUAUCACCAUAAACAGGUUGAUAUAUGUUAUUUUCGACGAGACGGGAACAUUGAUAUAUGUUAUUUUGAUGAUGCAGAAACUUAACAUGGGAGGUGGUGGAGAUUUUGAUGAAGAUGAAGAUGAUAGUGAUACAGAAGAAGAGAUAUAG